CCAGGAUUGCCAGAGUAAGGCCCUCAAAUCAGCUGUUUUGUGUUUUGAUUUUAUUUUGAAAGUCCUAGUUUAAAAUUAUGCUUUCUCCGACAGAUCAGCACAAAUAAUACUAAUAAAGCUCACAAUGCUAAGGUUGUGCCUUCCAACUCGAGCUGGAUAUGUGCGUAAUUUCUCGAACGACAAACCAAGAAAACCCGAAACACACUAUGAAGUUUUGAAUAUUCGCAAUGAUUGCAGCACCCGUGAAGUCCGUAAUGCCUUUGUCCAGCUCUCCAAAUUGUACCACCCAGAUGUUAAGAGCAAUGCUGCGUGUCCGGAGCGCACAGCCCGAUUUGUUCAGAUCUCCGAGGCGUACAAGACCCUGAUAAAGCCGGAGCGGAGGAGAGACUACGAUGACAGCCUGCUGUGGCAGCCAUCGCGCUCGGACCGCAGUCCCGUUGGCGAGACGGUCAAUCCCGGCCAGGCGUGGGAUGUGAGGCCCAACUACGAUCCCAAUCCAGGACCGUACUAUGGCAUCCGUGGUCUGAAGAGGGUCUCCAACUGGCAGGUGGCCGUGGUUCUGAUGGCCCUAGGCUUCGUCGGGGCACUCUUUGGCUUCACCUCCGUCAGGUCGUCCUUUAAACUGAGUCGCCAGAUCCAGGACGAAAUCUCAGCAGAGGCUAAUUCCCAUCAUGCCGCCGUUGUGGCCGAUGCCCAGAAGUACGGCAACGAGGAGCAAGUGCGUCGUAUGGUGGACCGUAUGUCGCGGAGUCCUUUCAACCAGUCUUCGGCUAAGUAAUCCCAUUUCCCCAUUUCCUUUGGUCAAAUUAAACGUGAAAGCAUAUAGCUAUUUUUGAAUAUUUUGUUUUGGUUCAAGGCAAAGCAAACUCAAGAGCGAUUGCUUAAGCGCCAGUGUGUUUUGCCAAAAUUAAACAAUUUCGUCGGCCUUCGUAGGCGAUUGAGCAAACUGUGCAAACAACCAGGGCGACUACUUAAGCACUCCGGCCGCAUCCAUCGAAGCAUAUUAAAAGCAAUCCUACUACCAACAUGAAGUCAACUAUUCAAAUCGGCACCCUGUGCAUCGUGGUGCUCGUGAUCUGCUGCCUGGACUUCUCCAGUUCACAGAACUCCUCCUCCACUUCCACCAGUCCCACCUACAGCUCGUCCAGCACGCCCAAGAAAGUGUACCUGUCCAACUUGACGUACUCGAUUGUGAGGAAGAUCCGUGUGGGCACCACCACCGCCAGCAGCACCAGCCGUAGUUCCAGGACCAGGAGCAACCGGAAACUGAACGCCAAGAAGACCCAGGCCAAACGGAGCCAGGCCAAGCGCUCCGGCAAGAACAGGAAGUCGAACUCCCGCCGUGCCAGCAGGGGCUAAGUUGUUGUCCAGUCGGUUAUGUUAUUAAGACAAGGUUUUAUUUUGAGCUCGUUCUAAACACAAAACACUUAAGUUUACCGUCGCGACGGGAAGAUUAAAUUAGAUAAAUACGU